CAGCAGGAGGAGGAACAGGGGACGACCUCCUCCGUCAGAUCCAGACCACAUCUAGAAACAUACGAUUGUGUUUAGAUGUGAAUGAACCAGGAUCAUAUUUUAUUCAUAACUGCAGUUUGAGGCACAUUUAAAACAAAGGUUCUACUGACCAGACCGAAAGGAUGUGGAGGAGAGCGGCUCAGGUUCUGGGCCUGCUCUUCUGCGUCGUGGGCCUGGGCCUGGUGGGCUGCACUCUUGCUAUGGACCACUGGAGGGUGGCCCAGCUGGGGGGCGAGGGGGGGUCCUCUGUGGUGGUGGUGGCCUGGUUCUGGUCGGACCUCUGGAAGGACUGCUAUGAAGACUCCACCUCUCUGGUCAACUGUGUGGACUUUGGGGUGCUGUGGACGGUCAGAUCGUACAUCCAGGCAGUCAGGGGCCUCCUGCUGACGGGCCUCUGCCUCGGCUUCAUCGCCACGGUGCUCACAUUGUUUGGAAUGGAGUGCACACGUGUCGGUGGAGACCAGAGGAGUAAGGACCGGAUGUUGGCGGCAGCGUCUGCUUUGCAUGUGUUCGGCUGCGGGUCAGACGUGGCCGGGUACUGUUUGUACAUAAACACAGUGGCUGCAGCUUUUCUACACGGCAAAGCAGAUCCGUCCAAACUGAGCUAUGAGAUCGGCCCUCCCCUCUACCUCGGCCUGGGGGGCAGUUUUAUCAUCCUGCUGGGCUGCACAGUUCAAUAUGUGACCGCAUGCAGAGUGAAGCAGCCAAAAAGCAGACACGCCGUUGUUGCUUCCAUCAGAGAGAAAGAAGAAGGUUCGAUCCGAAGGCAGAAACACAGACGUGGGCCGUCACAAAGGUCGAGCAUGUCUCCGUACAAGAUGGCUUCUGCUGUGAUCGUGUAACGCAGAUUAAACCUCGACUCUCUAAGAUGUAACAGGCAGGGGUUCUGGAAUACUGAGGACACAAGUCUAAAAUUAGAUUCUUUUCACAAUCAUUUCUUUCUUUCUUUUUUUAAACAGUCACAUUUAAAGAUGCUCUAUUCCUGUGACAGCAACUUUUCACACUCAUUAGUAUUAAUGUAAGUCUGGUGCAAUGUAACAGCCAAUCAAAUCAUUCCUAGAAAUAAACAA